GGGUGCACAAGGGGUCAUGGAAUUGGGGUGAGUUUGCUGUGGAGCAGAUUGACAAGGAACAAUGAGAUCAGGGAGCCUGACCAUAAUCUGGGCUCACGGCACCUGCUCUGGGCCAGGCGGUGGGAUCAGAUCAGGCAGUUUAACCUGUGCUGGGCCAGCAGGAUCAGACUUUCCAACAUCAGCAAUGCAGCCCCAGCCCUCCAUGUCCCCUCCUAGCUCGCCGCAGCACGCGCUGGCUGCGGCCGGGAGCCCUGCCAGGGGAAUUCUCUCUCUCAAAGGGCAGGCAGCUGAAAUCCCCUCUCCCGUCCCCCCCGAAACAAAACCACUGGAAGAAAAGGCCAGUGAUCCAGGGUAUCUUUCCUUUUUACCAGGCCGCUUUGUUCUUCGGUUCUUCUCUCGUUCCGCACAAAAUAUCCUGUGUUUCUGUGAGUGCUCCAACUCCAUACAAUUGUUCUGAUUUUUUGUUUUUAACUUAAACACAUAGAAAGCUUCCACUGCUUGUAAACGGUUGAAGAGUCGCUGUCCUGCCGUCUCGGCAUUAACCAUUUUGCUCCCAGGCCGCCCAGGGACCGGCUAGUCCUCCAAGAACCAAAGCCCGACCCCCGCUCCACCAUGGCGGCCCUGCUGAAGAGCCUGGUGGGGGCGUCGGAGAAGUCGGCCCGCAUCGCCCAGCUGUGCCGCCAGGAGGAGGCGCUCUUCCAGCUGCUCAUCGAGGAGAAGACAGGCACCCACAAGAACAAGAAGUUUGUGCAGGAUUUCAAGACGCUGGCGGACGUGCUCAUCCAGGAGGUCAUAAAGCACGACGUGGGCAAGGAGUUCCCGGAGCUGCACGGACACAUCCGCGGGGAGGAGUCGAACCAGUUUGAGAACAGCCUGGGAGAGACCCUGGAGGUGCAGGUGUGUGCGACCCAGCAGGACACGGCCUCGCUGCUCUUUACAAUCCUGGACCGGAACCGGCCGGCGGCCGAGCUGCUGGCAGCGGCCAUCCACCAGGAGGUGGUGCUGCAGGACCCGGCGCUGGACGCUGUGGCGCUGGCAAUCCCCCCGGAGAGACUGGCCAUCUGGAUCGACCCCAUUGACUCCACCAAUCAGUACAUCCGCGGCCAGGCCAGUGUGGCACCCAUCGGUGGCAUCUGCCCGUCCGGGCUGCGCUCGGCGCUGGUGCUGAUCGGGGCGUACGACCGCAGCUCGGGGGACCCGGUCCUGGGGGUCAUCAACGAGCCAUUCUUCCGGGAGGAUCCCCUCACCCACAGGUGGCAGGGGGUCUAUCACUGGGGCAUCUCGUACCAGGGCACCAGCCUGUCCUCGCUGCGCCGGCCCCCGCUGCGCCCCGAGCCCUCCGUCGUCCUGAGCAGCAGCGAGACGCCGGCGAUCCAGCGGGCGCUGAGGCCGCUGUACGGGGAGCGGCUGCGCUUCGCCUCAGGCGCCGGCUACAAGAUGCUGUGUGUGAUCCUGGGGCUGGCCGAGGCCUACGUCCUCUCGGAGGGCAGCACCUUCAAGUGGGACUCGUGCGCCCCCCAUGCCAUCCUGCGGGCCCUGGGCGGAGGGAUGGUGGACCUGGAGGCUGCCCUGCAGGCCUGGCGCACUGGCCAGCAGGGGGCGCUGCCGGAGCUGACCUACCACCAGCCUGCGGGGGGCGCCGUGGGGGCCGAGCGCUGGGCCAACCGAGGAGGCCUGGUGGCCUUCAUGCACCGGGAACACCUGGAGGUGGUGGUGGCCACGCUGGCCACUGCUGCCCUGUGACCCGCAGGGCACUGCCUGGGGGGCAGGGGGAGCCUGGCCCCGCCCAGCUCCGUGUAUGGGUGCAGGGGUGGGGACAGGCUGGCACCAAGGGCGCAAAGGGGGGAGGUUGGAGGGGGGCAGGGGGCUGCAGGCGGCCACUGCUCCCGUCGGGUGCCGCAGACCUGACGCAUGGGGCAAAGCCCCAGAGAGGUGCCACCCCCCCCCCAGAGCCUUCCAGCCCCACCCCCCCUGCUAGUGCUGCGGGCGCUGAGCUCGCCCGUUUGUGCCAGCCUCCGCGGGGGGGCAUUGCCUGGCCCCCAUUAAACAGUGCGUUUCGUUUCCCGCCCUCUCGCCUUUCAUUUGUUCUCCCUCCUCCCCCGGCCAGCCCCAUCUCCAGAGCCAUUGCCUGGCGGGUGCUCCUGCGGCACCGGGUUCUCACCCGGCCCUGGGGCAGAGCUGGGCGGGCUCUGGGCAUGGCAGCAGCCCCCAUGCUGCACUACCAGCUGGAGCCAGCAGGGGGCAGGAGCAGCCGGAAACUUGCCCCCGCUCUGCCCAGCCAGGCAAACCCCCCUGGAGCCGGGGGCGCUUCCCCCAGGAUGAGCAGUGAGCUCGGCGGCUGGGGGCCAGGCCCUUGUCUUGCAGCUGGAUGCCCCCAGCAGGGCCCUGGCAGCUGCCCCCACUGGCUGGUCAGUGCGGCGUCACCGGCCCCCUGCCUGGCACCCCAGACUCGGGCCCUGGGCUGGGGCUCAGAGCUCCCGGAGGGGGCCUGCCAGGGAGUGGGGUGGCAGGGAGCUCACUUCCCUUCUUCCCUGGCAUGCAGGUCCCAGCCCCCAGCAGCCUCUGGGCACCCCACACUCUCCUGGGAGCCGCUGUGGGGGUGUCCUGCUCCGGGCCCCUUGGCUCAGGCCUGAGCCGGGGGUGCCAGGAGCUGGACGCAGAGGUGAGCAGCGGGGGUGGGGAGAGAGGCGCAGGGAGGGGAAGGGACCUGCCCCCGGUGACCUAGUCUGGGAGCACAGGGGUAGGAACAGAACCCAGGAGUCCUGGCUCCGGCCAGCCCACGCCCUGGGCUCCCCUACCUGGCAGGGCCGAGCUGUCUCUGGGCAGGGCAGGAGGGAGGCGUUUCCGUACACCUCACCCUGCUGCUAUCUAAUCUGGAGUGAUGGG